GGGUGCAUAUUUGAUAAUUGAUAUUAUAAUUUAUAAAAUUCAUGAAUACAUUCAUCUACUGUUUACUAUUUAGUCAUGCUAUAAACCCAAAUAUAAAAAAAUACGGGCAUACGGUAUACGGAGCGUAUUUUGUUUAGUUAAAAUGAUUUCCUAUAUUCCAUUUAAUAAAUGAAACAAUAGAUAACGAUUUAAACAACUCUUCAUAUACCAGAUUAUUCAAAGGAAGUUAAAAUAGUUAAUGAUAGUCAAAAAAUGAUGAACAAUCCAGUUGAGAAAGAAAGCCAAACUAAUUGUGUGGGUACUACGGUCUCUAAAUUAACUUUAUCAUCACCCAAGUGAAGUUAAACACUAAACAGUUAUUUUAUUUUUUAAUAAUAAUUUAAUCUUUUAUUCAAAUAAGUUGUAAUAUGUAGUAGAAAACUAAUAAUUUAUUAAAUUUGGAGUUCUUGCUGCACAGUUGUAAUGCAAGGCAACCUAUCAUGUUUUAAGUAGAUAAUUACCUAAUCAACUACAUUUUGUAAUAAUAUAUGCUUGUGUUUCUACUUAACCAUUAUGAAAUGAAUACAUUUCUAGUUUUUUUUUUUUUUUUUUUGGCAGUUUAUUAUUAAAUUCUUUACCUAACCUAUCUACUCAAUACAGUAUAGCCAGUAAAUAACAAGUGUUAAAAUGAGUUCAUUAAAUGAUAAAGUAGCAAUCCAAAUAGUGGUAUCACCAAUGAAAAAUUUAGCAAAUUGUCUAGGAACAUCACUAACAGUCAGACGCAAACUAACAUUUUCUGAACCCAGUGAAACUCCAAAAAAUUUUAUGAUAACAUACUCUACGGAACUUCAAAAAAUAAUGAUAGUUCAACAUUCAAAUGUUUGAUGCUUCAAAAAAUGAUAAAUAGUCCAGUUGAAAAAGAAAACACAACUAUGUGUAUGGAUACAAUGGUUUCUAAAUCAAUUUUAUCACCAUCCCAAUCAAGUCCAACUUUUUUUGUGCACAGUCUUAAUACAAGAGGUCGUCACCCAUUGGCAGAUCAUGAUCUUAAUUCAAGAGAUACUGGUUCUUUUAAGGUGCUCUCUGAAGAUUCCCGGUCAUUAACCAGAUUUGAACCCAGAACUGUAAUUGAAAAGAAAAAUUCAUCAUUAAAUGUUUCUCGGUCAGAAUCAAUUGAUUGUUACAAAGGAAUCCCAGAAAUAGAUGAUCAAUUUCCAGAAAAAGUUAAUUCUCCAUCAAUAUUGUCCCAAGAUUCACUUCACAAUGGAGAUAUUUUUGCCUCACAUUUGCCAAUAAUUAAACCUAUUGUCAGACGAAGAAAUUCUAAAUAUGAUUCAGAUACACCUCGAAAAGUUGAUUUAGUUUUUGGAGAAAUUAAUAAUACUGAUGGUGUUGUGAAAAAACGUAAAUUAUUUAAUGAAUUUGAGUGUCCUUCUGAGAAAUCAAUUGUAUCCAAAGUGUUAAAGCCUAAAGUAGAUAUUUCAAUGUCAUUUGAUUCUCCAACAUUAGACACUGGAAAUACUUCUUUAAUUGCUCCUGUAUCGCACAAGAAAACUACAUUCUUUGACUAUGGAUUUUGCAAAAAUAGUGUUUCCAAGCUUCAAAGUUCAUUUUCAACUAAUGAAGCCACUAUAAAAGCUGCAUUUGAGAAAAAGGAUAAGGAAUCAAAUUUAAUUGGUGACUUCAGUCAAUCAUUUAUAUUGCCUUUGUUAUCACUUGGUCGUCAUGCAGAUCUCCAUAGUAUAUCUCCUGAUACAUUAGCUCAUUUAUUGGAGGGCACAUUCAAUGGUUGUAUCGAUUCCUAUCUGAUAAUAGAUUGCAGAUAUCCCUAUGAAUAUGAAGGUGGUCAUAUAAGAGGAGCAAUCAACAUAUUUACUAAAGAGCAACUAAUUAAAGAUUAUACUGAAGACAAGUUGGGUAAAAAAUCUAAUAAAACUGAUAAAAUUAAUGUGAAGAGAAAUGUUUUGAUAUUUCACUGUGAAUUUUCAUCGGAGAGAGGCCCAAGUCUGUCGCGAUAUCUGCGUAACGCAGAUAGGGAAAAUAACAGUAUGUGCUAUCCUUACUUGGACUAUCCAGAAAUGUAUUUGCUUGAUGGUGGGUACUGUAAAUUUUACAGUCAACACAGUCGUUUGUGUGUGCCGUCUAGCUAUCGGUCAAUGUUUGAUCCUGCCCACACCUCAGAACUUAGAAAGUUCAGGUCCAAAUCAAAAACACGGGCUUGUCACAAUGAGGCAACGCCAAGAUUAGCAGGCAAAAACACACUCAGACGAUUGGCUUUUAAUUAAUCGCUUUUACGUAUUCUUUCGUGUAAAUAAAUGUUGAGAUCUUUUUUUUA